CUUAUAAAAAAUAAUGAUUCACCGGUUGCGUUUUUUGGGGGACUUGUGUUUGAACGUGAAGUUGCUCAUUUGAGCUUGGAAAUGAGCAGAGAUACAUAAUCAGCCCCAGAAUAUGUCUAUCUAUUUAGUUUCAGUCAAACUCUCCCUGUCCAUCAUCUUAAACCAAUCUCCUCCUCAGUUCAACCUUUGUGAUUCCAUGUUAAAAGCGCUUUAUAAAUAAACUUUACUUACUUACUUAUAAGUGGACAUAGAUUGUUGAUGUUAUGAUUAUAAAAUAACUAGCAAAUAGUAAGUAUUGGCAAAGCUCAAUGUAAUGUGGGGUCCUCAUACCAUGAGAGUAUAUCUGGAAAGUGGCAACUCCAGUAAAGACUAUAACUUAUUUGUGCAACCACCUUUCUGCUGUUAACUACAAAAAUUUGAGCAAGAGAAGAGAGAGUAGUGUUAAUGAAAUGUUUUUCCCAAACACUGUUGGAACAGUCUCGACUGCAGUUGAGGGAGAGGUGUCAGUGAGAGGACGAUGUCACAGGUCAAUGAAGAAAAAGGAGGAAGCUCAUUACCUUCAGGUUACACUUGAUUCUUUUGUGGUGCCUGUGGAACUGAAGUACAUGUCAUGUUCUUGCACAGCUGGGAAAGCCCUGUGCAAUCACAUGGUGGGUCUUCUGUUUCAAACUGCUCACUACAGUACAAUGGGCUACAAGACCGUACCAUUGCCUCUGUCGUGCACCAGUUCACUGCAGACCUGGCACCGUCCAAGGACAAAGGGAGUUGCACCAGAGGCUACAAAUGAUAUGACAGUGUGUAAACCUGUGGCAAGGGAAAAAACCAGGAUUAGGACUAGCGUGAAGUGCACACUGUACAGAGCGUAUGCAGGUCCUCUUCCAGAUCCUCAUAUUGAAGCCAGCGGGGAGAAACUAAAAGAAAUCCGUCCACAACCAGGAAUAUGCAAGUUGCUUUAUGGACUGCAAAACCUUACUUUAGUGGACUCUAAAUUUGGUCCUGUGCCAUUUGGUUCUGUGCUCUCAUAUCAGUGUCCUCCUGAAAUGAGCAGAGACAUAAUCAAACAUCCAGAUGCCCCUGAGUUCCCUCAAUUACCUGUUGACGGCUACAGCUUUAGGUUUCCACUAGAUUUUGAGCCUAAUUAUAGGCAACUUUGCCAUUUAGAGAGCCUUAAGAUAUCACGUAAGAUCUGUGCUGCUAUUGAAGCAGAAACCAGACAGCAAUCAGAAUGCCAGCUGUGGACAGAGGUACGCAAACCCCGACUUACAGCCAGCAGGUUCCGUGAAGUAUGCCAUGUGCGUGGUCAGUCUUCUGCCAAGGCCUUGGCAACUCGUAUUCUCAGAAGAACUCCCCAGACAGCUGCUAUGAAAAGAGGGUUGGAUCUGGAACCUGAAAUACUGAAGCAAUAUUCUGAUUUGUUUGAUGUCUCUGUGAUGCAAUGUGGGUUUAUCAUUCAUCCUGACGCACCUCACCUUGGAGCUAGCCCUGAUGCUAAAGUCUUCAACCCUAAGGAAAUGCCUCCAUUUGGGUUAGCUGAGGUAAAGAGUUGCAAUGUUGACAAUGUGGCACAAGUUAAUCACCUAGUUACAAUUAAAGGCCAGGCUUGCCUUAAGAAGAGUCAUAAAUACUAUUAUCAGGUUCAGGGCCAAUUGGCUGUAAGCGGACUUCAGUGGUGUGAUUUUAUUACAGAUACCCACACUGACUUCACAGUUGAGAGAAUAUUUAGGGAUGAGGAGCUUAUCCUCUCAAUGAGACAGAGGCUUGAUCAUUUCUAUCAUGACAUCUACAUGGAUGUUUUCUUAAAUGGUAAACCUUGAGAAAAUGAUUGUUAUAAAAUUGAUAGGCCUUUUGUAAAUACUCUCCCUAUCACAAAUGGGCUAAAGUUGUGAACUUGAGGCCAUUUGUGUAUGCUCCAUGUUCAUUUUGUAAUAUAAUUAUUCUAUUAAUGUUUGCAAUUGAUGGCCACAAAUCUUCUUUGUUCCACAAUAAAAACGUUAAUUUGAACAUUUUCUCUCAUUCAAAUACUUCAUUGACAGAUGUGUAAAAUGUACAAGAAAGUGCAAUUUAAAUGUAAAGGUUGUACAUAUGUAGCUACCUCAAGAUAAGCUAUUUACAAUAGAUUUGAUAGAACUGUACACAUCUAUUCAUUUAUUCAAUAAUAAAAACAAAUACAGGUCA